UUCCCCCGCCCUGCCGCUCACGACUACGGCGACGAGCACCGCCUCCGCCCCCCACGCGCCACCGCCAAUGUACUCCCCGCCGCACGCCGGGGACUCCGAUUCGGAGGGAUCCCUCCUCUCCGGCGUCUCCGCCUCCCCGCCCCGCGGCCGCUCGCCGCCUCCCCCGCCGCCACCCAAGCCCCGUCCCAGCACCAAGCACACCGCCACCGUGAAAUCCAAGCCCAAGCCCAAGGCGAAACCGAAGCCUGUGGCAUCCGCCUGCGCCGCUGCCGCGUCGCCGCCUCCCCUCCCCUCCGCGGCGCUCUCCGAUCCGCAUGGCCUCGCCUCUCGCAUCGCCGCCGCUCCCGCGCUUGUCGCCGCCACUAGCACCGUCUCCUCCUCCUCCUUCCGCCGCCUCGUCCAGUCGCGCAAUCCCUCCUUCGAUCCCGUCGCCGCCUUCAGCUCCCCCGCCCCCGGGUCUAGUCCAGCUCCAGCUCCCACGCCCACUGAGGUACCAACAGCAGCGGUAACGCAGGGCGCUGAGCCGGACGCGCCGCCACGGGCCAGGCCUAAGCGGGUGCAUCCCAACUCGGUGUCGGAGGUGCCCCCCGCGGCGGCGGAGGCGGAACAGCCGAAGCGGCCGAGAGGGGGCGGCGAGGGGAACUUCGUGCGGCUCAACAUCAAUGGGUAUGGCCGGAGGAGGACGUUCAGGAACGCGCAGACGAGGCGCCCGACGAAAUACCGCUCCUGGCGGCGGCAGCGGGCUGGUGGUGUGAAGCCCCAGGGAUGCGGCGACGAGGAAGGUGAUUUCGUGGCUGAGGCGCUGAUGGAACGGGAGAAGAAGGGAGCGGUUGGUGACGUUGGUGUCCUUAAGGCCGUGGAAGCGGCGAGAGAAGACCCAUCCGAGCAGAAUCUCGAGAGUUUGCUCAGGUUGGUCUAUGGUUACGACUCUUUCCGCAAGGGGCAGCUUGAGGCAAUCCAGAAGAUUGUUGCAGGGGAAUCAACGAUGCUUGUGCUGCCUACUGGUGCGGGCAAGUCACUAUGCUAUCAGAUUCCUGCCAUGCUUUUGUCUGGACUGACACUGGUGGUGAGUCCGCUGCUUUCCUUGAUGGUGGACCAACUAAGGAAACUCCCAGCAUUUUUGCCAGGAGGUCUUCUUGCAAGCAGUCAGACGAGCGAUGAGUUUCAUGAGACAUUACAAAGGUUGCGUGGAGGGGACAUAAAGGUGCUUUUUGUUUCCCCUGAAAGAUUCUUGAAUGAAGAAUUUCUGCUCAUAUUUAAGGAUGCACUACCAAUAUCUCUUGUUGCGAUUGAUGAAGCUCACUGCAUUUCUGAAUGGUCUCAUAAUUUUAGACCUUCAUAUCUAAGGCUCCGAGCAUCACUACUUCGGAGAAAGCUUAAUGUUCAAUGUAUCCUUGCAAUGACUGCAACUGCGACAACUCAAACCUUGGAGGAGAUAGUGAAUGCCUUAGAAAUACCAUCCGAUAAUCUCAUUAAAACAUCUCAAAUAAGGGACAAUCUACAACUAUCUAUUAGCACGAGCGAUAACAGACUAAAGGAUUUGAUGCUGUUGUUGAAAUCUUCCCCUUUUGUUGACAUGAGGAGUAUAAUUGUCUACUGCAAGUUUCAGGGAGAAACUGACUAUGUUUCAAAGUACCUAUGUGACAACAACAUCAGUGCUAAGAGCUACCACAGUGGACUUCCUAUGAAGAAUAGGAGCCGCGUACAGGAGCUUUUCUGCUCUAAUAAAAUAAGAGUGGUCGUUGCAACAGUGGCAUUUGGAAUGGGUCUUGAUAAAAGUGAUGUUGAAGGGGUGAUUCACUACAGCUUGCCAGAAAGCUUAGAAGAAUACGUACAGGAAACUGGCCGUGCUGGGAGGGAUGGAAGGUUGUCACAUUGUCAUCUACUUCUUGAUUCAACGACAUUCUACAAGAUCCGUAGUCUUUCACACAGUGAUGGUGUUGAUGAAUAUGCGAUAAGCAAAUUUCUUUACCAGGUGUUUUCCUGUGACAAUUCAACAGGGUCCAUUUGCUCUUUGGUUAAAGAGUUGACUUCACGCAAGUUUGAUAUAAAAGAGGAGGUGCUUUUGACAGUCCUAACGCAACUAGAAAUCGGUGGUCAGCAAUAUCUCCGUUUGCUUCCUCAGUUCAGCGUUACCUGCACAUUGUAUUUUCACAAGACGUCAGCACAACUGCUUGCAGACAAGGAUGUACUAGUUCGAUCAGUUCUGAAUAGGUCAGAUACAAAGUAUGGAAAUUUUGUCUUCGACAUGACAAAAAUAGCCAAUGAUCUGAACAUCACAGUGAAUGAAGUUAUUGAUCAUUUGCAACAGUUAAAGUUCUCUGGAGAAAUUUCAUUUGAACUAAAAGAUCCGGCCUACUGUUACGUGAUCUUAAAGAAACCAGAGGACUUGAACGCACUAUCAGCAAAUAUCACAAAAUGGCUUUCUGAAGUAGAAAGCUCAAAGAUCAUGAAAUUGGAUGCUAUGUUUGCUCUAGCAAACUUUGCUGUCAAGGGGUGCCAAAGGACUGAUGGCUGUUCUGGUUCCCAGCACACUCAGUGCAUCCAAAAGAAGAUCACGGAGUACUUUAGCAAGAAUGAAGCCACCUCAGACAAUGACUACCCUGCUCAGCCGCACAAGAGCAGCCCAUUCUUACAGGCCGAUAUAAAGGUGUUCCUUCAGAGCAAUUCGUUUGCGAAAUUCACUCCGAGGGCUGUUGCCAGGAUUAUGCAUGGCAUAUCUAGCCCAGGUUUUCCAUCCGCCACUUGGUCCAAAAACCACUUCUGGGGGCGCUACGUGGAGGUUGAUUUCCCGGUGGUCAUGGAAGCUGCCAAAGCUGAACUAGUCAAACUCGUCGGGAAAGGAGAGUAGAGUUCUCGUCAGCACGCCAAACAGAACGAGGGCCUUCGCUGGCUGCCUGUCAUGUACAGAAUCUAAUGCUCGCAAGCCACAACCAAAGAAACGGAUAGACAGGCAACACAGGCACUUGGACUAUGUGCUAGGAAGCGUCCUGAAAAUGAAGCGCCAACCAGAUCAGGUCCUUGUUCAGUGGAGCCGUGGUAUUUAUUCGAGCAUGCAAGUGCCGUCAAUCAAGCGUGCUACGUGGGACUUCAGCCGUGCGGGGUGCGGUUUGAUUGAAGGCGCGGGGCGAAGAAAGUGACGGACCUCUGAAGCCUGAACCGUAGAGCCGUAGAAACCAUUGUUUCAGGUGGGGAAAAAAAUUUGCGUAUGAUGGCAGGAGUGUCCACGAAGCAAAGAUGGGAGAGCCAUCAUCGCUGUAAAGGCACAGGCGUCGGUUGAUGAUGUGAUACGCUUAAUCUGUAAAACUUUCGCCACGACGGGAGGUCAGAAGCUGUGCGUGAUCCAUUGUUCCUCCGCUUUCAGGAUGGCUCGGGGCUCUCUUUAACUUCGGUUGUUUUCCGCGGUCACGAUCGAUGCUUGGCCAUUUCA